GGGAGUUGGCACCACAGAUCGAUGGCCAGGCCUGGGCUGAGAUGGCACUUCGGGAGAAUGAACGCCACCCUUUCACGUGCCGAGUGGCAGGGGUGUCUGGCACCCCCCGAUUGGCCUGGUACCUGGAUGGACGGCUGCAGGAGGCCAGCACCUCAAGACUGCUGAGUGUAGGUGGGGAGGCCUUCUCUGGAGGCACCAGCACCUUCACAGUCACUGCCCAGCGGUCCCAACGUGAGCUCAACUGCUCCCUGCAGGACCCGGGCGGUGGUCAGCCAGCCAACGCCUCCGUCAUCCUCAAUGUGCAAUUUAAGCCGGAGAUUGCCCAGGUCGGGGCCAAGUACCAGGAAGCUCAGGGCCAGGGCCUCCUGGUGGUUCUUUUUGCCCUGGUUCGUGCCAACCCACCUGCCAACGUGACCUGGAUCGACCAGGAUGGGCCGGUGACUGUCAACACCUCAGACUUCCUGGUGCUGGAUGCCCAGAAUUACCCCUGGCUCACCAACCACACUGUGCAGCUGCAGCUUCGCAGCCUGGCACACAACCUCUCCGUGGUGGCCACCAACGACGUGGGGGUCACCAGUGCCUCGCUUCCAGCUCAAGGACUCCUGGCCACUCGGGUGGAAGUGCCACUGCUGGGCAUCAUUGUGGCUGGAGGUCUAUCCCUAGGCACCCUGGUGGCAUUCAGCACCUUGGUGGCUUGCCUGAUCUGCAGGAAAGAGAAGACCAAAGGCCCCUCCCGGCGCCCAUCUCUGCUCUCUAGUGACUCCAACAACCUGAAACUCAACAAUGUGCGCCUGCCACGGGAGAACAUGUCCCUCCCGUCCAACCUGCAGCUCAACGACCUCACUCCAGAUUCCAGAGGGAAACCAACAGACCGGCAGAUGGCUUGGAACAACAGCCGGCCAGAGCAUCUGGAUUCCGAGCCUGGUGGCCUCCUCACCAGCCGAGGUUUCAUCCGUCUCCCUAUGCUGGGCUACAUCUACCGAGUGUCCAGUGUGAGCAGUGAUGAGAUCUGGCUCUGAGCUAAGGGUGAGAUGGAGGGUGCUGUGGCCCUGGGCA